CGCCGCGCCGCCCACGUGCUCCUGCUGUCGCCGUCGCACUCCCGUGUCCGGCGCUGCGCACCGAGGUUCACCACAGCGACGUCCUAGUGUCGACAAGCCGACAGUCAUGAGAGUUCUCGGUUCUUUCUCUGUUCUGGCGUAAAGAAUCCAUGAUGACGAUGGAUGUGAAGGCGGAGACGCAGAAGAACAACUCCCCACAGGAGUGCGCCGGGUGUGGGAAGAAGAUAACCGAGAGGUACCUGCUGAAGGCGCUGGACCUGUUCUGGCACGAGGACUGCCUCAAGUGCGGCUGCUGCGACUGCCGCCUGGGGGAGGUGGGCUCCACGCUCUACACCAAGGCCGACCUCAUCCUGUGCCGCCGCGACUACCUCAGGCUUUUCGGCAACACGGGUCACUGUGCGGCGUGCUCCAAGGUGAUCCCCGCCUUCGAGAUGGUGAUGCGCGCGCGAAACAACGUCUACCACCUCGAGUGCUUCGCCUGCCAGCAGUGCAACCACAGGUUCUGCGUGGGCGACCGCUUCUACCUGUGCGAGAACAAGAUCCUGUGCGAGUACGACUACGAGGAGCGACUCGUCUUCGCCAACAUGGCGUACAACCCGUCCAGCCUGGCGCACAUCAAGCGGCACCUGCCUCCACCGCCGCCUACGACGGGCGCCGGGGGCGGCCACCUGGGGCGGUCGGGGGUGCUGCCCGUGGUGGGCGGCGCGCUGCCGCCCCUCUGCGGCCUGCCGGGCGCCAACGGAGACCUGGACCGGGUUGAUGCAAGCCAUAAUCUGCACGCACUGCCGUGA